ACUAAUUAGUACUGGAAAAGGGACCUUAGAGAGAGGAACUACAUACGUGCGGCCGACAGUAUUCCGGAAGACGCAUAGCGGCGGACUCGCACGUUCUUCGGAAGCGCAACACUUGUUCGUUUUGGAGGUUCAGCACUGGAAAUGAUGAGUGGGGACUCAGACGGUAAUAAAGAGUUCCAUGAGCAGCUCCGUUUGCAGCAGCUGUAUGGACAGAGGCGAGAGAGUGGAGAAGAUCCAUACACGUUUGUCGACCCAGAAGACGGCACUGUGUACGACUGGGACCAUGAAAAGAGAGCAUGGUUUCCAAAGGUAAAUGAUGACUUCAUCGCAGCAUAUCAAGCUAACUAUGGAUUCAACGAGGAAGGGGCCCCUGAUCCAAAUGCUGCGGUUCCUGUCACUGAAUUUCUCCCUGCCAAACCAGAGGAGUCCAAGAAACCAGAAGAACCCAAGAAGCUGGAGGAGAGCUCAAACCAAGAAAAAACUAAGGAGGAAGCUCAGAAAGGAGAGAAAAGGAAAGCAGAUCCAGGAUGGUUUGAAGUUGAAAAGGACAAAAACACCAAUGUUUAUGUGACAGGUCUUCCUCCAGACAUAACUCCUGAUGAGUUUGUGGAGUUCAUGUCCAAAUGUGGAAUUAUAAUGCGUGAUCCUGUCACAGAAGAGUAUAAAAUCAAGCUCUACAAGGACAAGGACGGAAACCAAAAAGGAGAUGGACUUUGCUGCUACCUGAAGAAAGAGUCAGUAGCUCUUGCCGUGCGGCUCUUGGAUGAGACAGAGAUUCGGGGCUACCAGCUGCAUGUGGAGGAAGCGCAAUUCGAGCUCAAAGGACAAUAUGAUGCCAGCAAGAAGAAGAAAAAGAACAAAGAAUACCGUAAAAGGCUCCAGCAGCAACAAAAGCAGCUGGACUGGAGACCGGAGAAAGCUGGGGAAGCUCGAAAAAGGCAUGAAAAAGUCAUCAUCAUCCAAAACAUGUUUCAUCCAAGUGACUUUGAGGAGGAUCCUUUGGUUCUGAAUGAGUACAGAGAAGAUCUACGGACUGAAUGUGAGAAAUUUGGGCAAGUGAAGAAGGUCAUCAUCUUUGAUAGGCACCCUGAUGGAGUGGCAUCUGUGGCUUUUAAAGAACCUGAAGAGGCGGACAUGUGUCAGACGGCUCUGAAUGGACGCUGGUUUGGUGGGAGGAAACUGUCAGCAGAGCUGUGGGAUGGUGUAACUGACUACCAGGUUGAGGAAACCUCACGAGAACGAGAAGAGAGACUGAAAGCCUGGGGUUCUUUCCUGGGUGAUGAGAGUGCGUCUGCCCAAGCUAAAGCGGACCCUUCAAAAGCAGCUGAACAACAAAAUUCCAGCACACAAGCAGCAGCAGAACAGACUCGACAGGAGGAACAUGCAAACAAAAGCACCGCAAAACCACAGGAGGGGAAAGAUGAGAAGGAGGAUGAGGAAGGAGGAGUAGCGUCGACCGAUAGCAGUUUAGCAGGAAGUGAUAAUGAGGAUGCGUAGAUGUGGAGAGAAAAGAGGACUUGAUUAAUGUCUCUGGCUAAAACAUUCUUCAUGCUAAUAUAGUGUUUCCUUUUAAUUGUUUAUUCCCAUGACAUGUCUGCAUUUCACCAUAUCCAAAUAUGGACGAUAUGGUGUGAGUUCCCCUUUGCUAAUGUGUGUCAUUGAAUCAAUUUCAACAUCUGUUAAUAGUUUUAUAGUAAAAAAAAACAUUUUGUGACCUCGUCAUUGUUUCUUGCUUUCAUGAAAAAGAUGUUUAUUAGUAACUUCACUCACAAAACAAGGUCUUUGGUAUAUAUGGGAACAAAAAAACAAGCAGUUUCCUUAAGUGUAGUUCCAUGUAAGCCUUAAUGACAGCUGUGAUUUUAUCUGUGUGAGAGACCUUGUUCAACUCGCUCGGGUGCAUUUUUCAGCACACAUGUAAAGAAGAGCACCUCCUGCAUGUAGUAUCACAUUUGUUUUGUUUUAGUAUGAUCGGUGGCUGGAUGUUGGCUGGAUUCAGUUUGGUAAGCAGUUUGGGGUUUUAAAUUAAAACAUUUGUAAAAGUCCUGUUUCAAUUUGAGAAAGGAGUGCUUGAAGUAUACGUAGGAACAGUACAACUUGUUUACCUUUAGUGUGAAUUUAAUUCUUUUGACUUUUUACCUAUUUUUUAUGUUGUAUGUGUAUUUCUAGAAUUAACAAGAGCUUAUUUCUAUGAAUUACAAUUAAAUUUGUUUUCCCCCUCAAGGAUUUUGUAUA